GAGCGCGCGACGGGGGCGGGGCAGCAGCUGCGGGCCCACGCCGUAAACAGACAACAUGGCGGUGGCGGCUGCCGCGGCACCUGGGGCCUUGGGCACCUUGCAGGCCGGCCGUGCCCGCUUGGUGGCCGCUUGCUGUGCGCGGGUAGGCCCCAGGUGGAGGCUGUCCGGUUCCUGGACGUGGUCGCGGGUCGACUCAACGAUAUGGGCCCGGGGCUGGACGCCCGCGGCCGGGGGAGCGGCCUGUCAGAGGGGCUACAGCGCAGAGGUUAAGACUGAGGACGAGCUGCGUGUGCGGUACCUGGAGGAGGAGAACCGAGGAAUUGUGGUGCUUGGAAUAAACAGAGCCUAUGCCAAAAAUUCAUUGAGUAAAAAUCUUAUAAAAAUGCUCUCAAAAGCUGUGGAUGCUUUAAAAUCUGAUAAGAAAGUACGGACCAUAAUAGUCAGAAGUGAAGUCCCUGGCGUAUUCUGUGCUGGUGCUGAUCUUAAGGAAAGAGCCAAAAUGAGUUCCAGUGAAGUUGGUCCUUUUGUCUCCAAAAUAAGAGCAAUGAUUAAUGAAAUUGCUAAUCUUCCAGUGCCAACCAUUGCAGCAAUUGAUGGACUUGCUUUAGGUGGUGGACUUGAACUGGCUUUAGCGUGUGAUAUAAGAGUAGCAGCUUCCUCUGCAAAAAUGGGCCUGGUUGAAACAAAGUUGGCAAUUAUUCCUGGUGGAGGGGGAACGCAGCGACUGCCGCGUGCCAUUGGGAUGUCCCUGGCGAAAGAGCUCAUCUUCUCUGCGCGUGUGCUCGAUGGCCAAGAAGCCAAGUCAGUGGGCUUGAUCAGCCAUGUUCUAGAACAGAACCAGGAGGGGGACGCCGCCUACAGAAAGGCCUUGGACCUAGCAAGAGAGUUUUUACCUCAGGGACCUGUUGCAAUGAGAGUGGCAAAAUUAGCAAUUAAUCAAGGAAUGGAGGUCGAUUUAGUAACAGGAUUAGCCAUAGAAGAAGCAUGUUAUGCUCAGAGUUUGGAUAUUUGCCAGUUGGGGUAUGCCUACAUGAUUACUCCCCAGCAAAAACCCUGGUCUCUGAGUCUCUAAUGAGAUGUUGGACACACUUCGCAUAUUGUUGUAAUUUAUUACUAGAGGAGUUAAACUUACCCUGUGUGACUCUGCUUGGAGAACACCCUCAGAAGCAUGUGACCGUCUCCCCUGAUCUCUGCCCCUACCUUGUUUCAUUUGCUGCUUUUGCUUGUAUCCUUUUGAUUAUGUAGCAUGCCAUAGCUGUUAAUAUUUGCUGACUCCUGUGACUCCUCCUAGUGAGUUGCUGAAUCUGAAGACGGUAUUGGGACACUGACAUGCAAUUUUGUUUUCAUUCAUCUCAAUGUAUUUUAUAAUUUGCCUUGUGUUAUUUGUCUUUUGACCCUUUGGGGUUUUUAGGAUUGUGUUCCUAAAUUUUUACAGCCUUGUGAAUAUCCCAGAUUCCUUAUAAUAUUGAUUUUAAAUUUAAUUCCAUAUUGUUUGGUGAACCCACUUCAGUCACAUCAUUGUAUAACUUCAGUUCUUGGCAUUUUAAUGAGACUUGUUUUAUGGCCUAACAUAUAAUCUAUCCUGGAAAAGAUUUCAUGUGUAUAUGAGAAGAAUGUGUUUGUGCUGUUGGUGGAAGAAGUGUUUUAUUAAAUCUCAUUAGUUUGUAGUCUUGCUUCGUUCUUUUAUUUUCUACUUGAUCAUCUGUCUAGUUGGUCUGUCCAUCAUAGAAAGGGAGGUAUUGAUGUCUGCAAUUAUUAUUGUUGAAUUGUGUAUUUCUCCCUUUAGUUCUGUCAGUUUUUCUUCAUUCACUUUCAACUUUGCUGCUAUGCAUAUAUAUUUAUAAUUAUUAUGUCUUCUUGGUGGAUUAACAAUUUUAUUAUUAUAAAAUAUUCUUCUUUAUUUUAUCUGUACCAACUGUUUUUAUCUUUGUUCAGUCGCUCAGUCAUGUCCAACUCUCUGCAACCCCAUGGAUGCAGCAUACUAGGCUUCCCUGUCCUUCACUAUCUCAUAGAGUUUUUAUCUUAAAGUUUGUUUUAUCUAAUGUUAGUGUAGAUACGCCAGCUUUCUUUUGAUUGCUCUUUACAUGGUAUAGUUUUCCAAUCCUUUUGCUUUCAACCUCCUUAUGUCUUUGAAUCUAAAGCCUGCCUCAUGUAGACAGCGCAGAGUUGGAUUAUGUUAUUUUAAUUCAUUCUGCUUCUUCUUCCUUUUGAUGGAGGGUUUAACCAUUUACAAUUAAUGUAAUUAUUGAUAAGGUGAUAUCUACAUCUGCCAUUUUGCUAUUUGUUUACUACAUGUCACAUCUUUUUGUUCCUCUCUUAUUGCAUUACUGCUUUCUUUGUGUUCAACAGACACUUGCUAGUGUACCAUUUUAACUCCCUGGUCGUUUCACAUACUGUUUGCAACUUUGGACUUGUUUUCAUAAUAGUUUUUUGGGAAAUUGCAAUAUUAACUUAUAAAUCUAUCUUGGAUUAAUACCAACUUAAUUCCAAUAGUACAUAAAACAUCUGCUCUAAUGUAGCUUUGUACCCUUCCCUUCCUCUGUACUACUAUAACCAUAUAAAUUAAACCUUUAUGCAUUAUAAAUCUGUACGAAUAGCUUUAUAAAGAUUAAUUUAUGCAGUUGUCUUUGAAUUCUGGUGGGAGGGAUAAAGUCACAAACUGAAAAAUAAUUUCUACUGUUUUUAAUAUGUGUAUAAUAAUUAGUUUUAUCAGUACACCUAAUUUUUUGCGUGGAUUUGAAUUAUCCUCUUCUUGUUUAGUUGCUAAGUCAUGUCCGACUCUUUUGUGACCCCAUGAACUGUACCGCACCAGGCUCCUCUGUCCAGGGAUUUCCCAGGCAAGAAUACUAGCGUGUUGGUGCAUGUCAUGAAUGCUUGGUCAGGCAAUGGGCAACUUUGGUUUAGUCUUCACUUCCUGUUUGUACAGAGCCUCAAGGUCAACCAGAGGUAAGAGGGCCUCCUCAAGUCAUUCCUGGUUGUACAUACAGCCCUGCGUGUGCACACUGCAUUCUGCGUUACUAGGAGUGUGUCAGAGCUUCACAGAGCCCCUUGCGGGCAUCGCAGUCCCCCUUUUCUCAUUUUCAGUGUUUUGGUCACUUUCUUGUUUGUGUCAACUGUAAUCACUGCCUCAGACAAUUUGGAUGCUAAACUGGUCACUGGUUGUUUUCCACAAGUACUCCCGUUGAAAAAUCUGCUCACAGUGAGGGAGCUCUGAGUCAGCUCAGAUAAAGGCAAGCCUUUUGAUACGAGUGGGGUUUUACCACUAAUUGAUUUUCCAAGGAGCUGCCGGACAGGUCAGAUAAUACAAAUUUCUAGGAGGAGGGCUGUGGGAAGGCUAUUUACAUGGUGGUAGUCAGGUCACGGCUAUACUGAUUUUGAAGCUGUUGACUUUCAAGAUGUACAAGGGGUUUAGAAAGGAGGCUGGAUAUACGACAGUCACCACAGCUAGAGAAAGCCCAUGUGCAUCAAUGAAGACCCACCACAGCCAAAAAAUAAGAUAAAUAAAUAAAUCUUUAAAAAGUCACAGAGCUUAAUGUUCUCAUUGAGAUUCAGUCAUCUUUCAUGAUCAAAUGUUCUUUGGAUUGUUGCAAGUCUUUGGUUGAAUUCCAAAGUUCUGUAAACUUUGAUUUUAACAAUUAUUGCUUCCAUAGAGGAGAAGCUUUUGGAGAUUCUCACUGUACCAUUCCCACUGAUGUGACUCAUCCAGCUGAUUCUAAUGCAACUGUG